UCAGCAGUUGACUGCAAAGAUGCAUUGGAGAUGAUAUGUAACUUGGAGUCUGAUGGAGAAGAGAGCCUGGCCCUCAUCUUGUGCACAGCUUUCCUCACACGGCAGCUUCAGCAGGGAGAUGUAUACUGUGCAUGGCAGGAGAAGCUGGACUAUCAGCUUGUAUUGAGCUCUGUGUGAGAGCACUACGCAUGGAAUCAAAUGAAAGUCCCACAGUGAAAACAUCAAUUUGCAAGACAGUUUCAUGCUUGUUACCUGAUUAUUUAGAGGUCAGACGUGCAUGCCAGCUUACCGAAUUCCUGUUAGAACCCACAGUGGAAGCUUAUUAUGCAGUUGAGACUUUAUACAACCAGCCAGAUCAGAAAUAUGAUGAUGAAAACGGUCCAAUUCCUAACUCAUUGAGAUGCGAACUCUUACUGGUUUUAAAAACACAUUGGCCAUUUGAUCCUGAAUUUUGGGAUUGGAAAACCCUGAAACGCCAUUGUCUUGCAUUGAUGGGCGAGGAAGCAUCCAUUGUGUCUUCCAUAGAUGAACUUAAUGAUAGUGACCUCUUUGAAAACAAUGACAGCCAUCUUGAAGUUGCUCCAAAAGAGCAUUCACUGAAUGGACUUCCUAAAUUUUACAGCGAUGUGAUAAAAAUUCAAAAUACUUCAUCUGAAGAAAUCAAAAUUAAGGAAAAAGAUAAAAUUGAGAAAGGUGUGGUGUCUGCCAGAUUUAAAAAUUGGCAGGCCUACAUGCAAUAUUGCGUAUUAUGUGACAGAGAGUUUCUGGGGCAUCGAAUUAUCCGUCAUGCUCAAACACAUGUGAAAGAGGGAAACUAUUAUUGCCCCAUAUGUGCCAAAAGUUUUAAGAAAAAGGAGAUUUUUGUUCCACAUGUUACAUUUCAUAUUAAGCAAUCUUGUAAAGAACGACUGGCUUCUAUUAAACCAAAAAGGAGAGUCGGAAGACCUGCUAAGAACUUGACUGAUACUAGUGUCGCAAGUAAAAAGAUACCUGAGAUAGACAAGCAGGAACAUCGUCCAAUAAAAAGGAACAGCAUAUAUAGUGAGGAUUUUGUGGUCUUCAGUGAUAGUGAUGGCUCUGAUGAUGAAGGCAAGGACAAAUCAUACAAACCUGAAAUCAUGACUACACAAAAAGUGGACUGCACUGAAGAUUAUAACUGUCCUGUAACUACCUGUACAAAAGCUUUUAAAUAUUUUAAAAAUUUAAUUGCACAUGUGAAAGGUCACGGUGAUGAUGAUGAAGCAAAACAGUUUCUUAAAAUGCAGAGUAAUAAAGUUGUAUGUCAGUAUUGUAGGAGACGUUUUGUCAGUGUUUCUCACCUUAAUGAACAUUUGCAAAUUCAUUGUGGCCCUAAACCUUAUGUCUGUAUACAGCUGGAAUGUAAUGCAAGCUUUGGUACAUAUUCUGAAUUGGUAGGACACAGGAAAGUGCAUGCACUGUUCAAAGCUAAAUGCAUGUUUCAGAAUUGUGGAAGAGUUUUUACUGAGUCUUAUUUGUUAUAUGAUCAUGAAGCACAGCAUUACCAUAAUUCCUCAUAUACUUGCAAAUUCUCAAACUGUGGAAACAUUUACUACUCCCAAAGUGAAUUGCAGAAGCAUGAAGUUGGUCACGUCUCACAAGCUUGUGUGAAAAUUGAAGCUGAAAAUGGUUCACCUUUUGAACCAAACCAGCUCGCCCCAAAUAGAACCGAUCAGAUAGACCAGCUAUUACAGAUAAAGAUGGAAGAUGAGCCAUGCAGUCAGCCUGAUGCCUACCAGAACGGUUUUGCUAUUGAUUGUGUUGCAAGUGAAGUUGUUGAAUCCAAAUCUUCCAUAUCAGAAAAACUAAAUGCUUCGCCAUCCAGCAGAGAACAGUGCCACCUUCCAAAAGACACACACAUUAGUCUAACUGUGAAAAAUGAAGAGAUCAGCAUGGAUCAAACUCAAUGUGUUUUGUCAAAAACAGUAUUUAAAGAGGGGGACACUCUUAUUUCACCACUACCUGAAGAAACGGAACCUGGUGAAUUAGCAAAACAAGUUCACAUGUUCAGCUGUAAAGUUGAUGGCUGUAAUCGAAGCUAUGCUUCAUCACGCAGUGUCAGUAAACAUAUCAAGGCUACGCACCCUGAGUACUAUGAAACACUGAAGAAACAACAGAACCUAUCAAAAAUCCAACAAAUUAGAAAUGCCUCGAAAUGUCAAAAUCAGGAAACCCCUCCAAGCUCAUUGUGUUUUUCAACUGAGGAACACUUAAAUAUAACACCUGAAAACACCUUGAACACAGUAUGUGCUAUAUAUCAACCAGUUCCCAGUGUUUUAAUGGUAGAAAAUGAUCAUGUAUCCCAUUCCAGGAAGAAAAAACACACACACAAUAAGCGUGCAAAAUGGCCUGCUAUCAUCAAGGGUGACAAAUUUAUUUGUAGUAGAUGCUACAGGGAAUUUACCAAUCCCAAAUCUCUUGGUGGUCAUUUGUCACGACGAGCCAUAUGUAAACCUUAUGACAGAAAAGAAAGUUCUUCAGUUGUGGAGCAGAAGAGUGGACAGACUUUAUACAAAACAGAAAAGAUUAUUUCAUCAGAUGCGUUUGUCCCUGGGGAACCUGAACCUCCCUGUGUCACAGAUACAUUCUUGUCAGGGGAAACAUUUCUUCAAUCAUUGGAAAUGGGGGACCACACAGCUCCAUUUGCCACCCAUGAACUUUUUCAACAAACACAGCAGAACAGCUACAGUUCUGUAUUUGGGCCAAGCAAGACUCCCCAGGUCACUGGUCUUCCUGGAACAUUUGAGACUGCAGUAGUUCAACAAACCUUUCAACCCAGUUUUGAAAUGAGGACCAUGGAGGACAGCUCAGCCAACAUCAGUAUGUCCCAGGCACUAACAACUGUCUGUAGCCCAGGAUCAUUUGUUGCUGGUGAAGACUUAGCACUCGGCACUGAAGCCCCAGCAAUGUUAGAUGCAGCUAAAGGCUCAGGUUCCUAUUCAUCUUGUGAGCCCUUGCAGCAGGCCCUUGAAUCCAGUUUUUGUUCAGGAGCAACUUUUGCUGACAAUGAGAUUCACCCUCAGAAUCUGGGAAACAGCUGUGAGCCAUCAAUAUUUUUCACUAAUGGCACCCUCCCAAAUGUUAAUAGCAAUCAUAACUCAUCUCAUCCUGAAGACUCUAAGACAUCAGAUGUAUGCAUUGCUGAACUUCUGUUGGGCUUGCAAAAUUUAAAUUUGGAAUAUGAUAAACUUUACAAGAAUGGUGCAUCUUGCCCUACCUCAGGUUCAGGGACACCGAGAUCUUCCAUGAACAUCAUGACACACACAUCAAUGAGUAAUUGUAUCAAUACUUCAAACACAAUCAGUAAGUAUUUGACAGACACACAAACAAAUAUAUCACUGCAGGCUGCUGAAAAUGGCAAAGAGCUGAAAGUGAAUCUCAUUAAGCCAUUUAUCUGCCAGGAAGGUGGGUGUAUCUAUAGUGCAAUGACUAAAGAUGCUUUGACCAACCAUUAUGUCAAAGUACAUCAGUAUUCCAAAGAACAGAUAAUGGAAAUGAAAAUGUAUCAGACCAGAUUUGCUCCAUUUCGAUGCCACGUUCCUAACUGCCAGAAAACAUUUACAAGAAAUUCUAAUCUCCGAGCCCACUACCAGUCGAUGCAUCAGGUAACACGGGAGCAGCUAGUAAAACUGAGAAUUAAAAGAGCGUACUGUAGGAAAUCAGAUGGCCCUUAUAAAGCAACAGAUACUGUAUCACCAUUACAGGAAAUCAUUUCUCAACCCAGAAGUGAUGGAUUGCAGGAAAGUGAAUCCAGUGAAAUGCAUAAAUUAGAACCAGUAACUGCAGGACCUAAUGAGAUUAAUUCUGAAAUUAAUCUCCAUUCACGUAAUACUCAGAAUGCAAAGACUGUUCUUUAUAAUCAUGAAAUGUCACAGAAUAGCUCAAUGCUAUUAGCAGAUCUUCAGGAUUGCUCAGCAUUACCAGCGCAACUUCAAAAUGAUUUGACUCAGUCAGUAGUGCAGCAGGAUGUCUUGGUGCCAGCAGCAGGGCCUCAGGAUGCUCCACUGUUACUGGCAGAUCCUCAGGGUGCCUCUGUGAUGGCAGUUGAAUCAAACUGUAGUCUUGUACAAUCAGCAGGGCUGCAGGCUGUCGCACCACUUCUGGCAUGGCCACAGGAUGUCUUGCUGCAAUCAGUGGAUCCCCAAAAUGUCUCGCCAGUAUCAGAGGGGCUGCAGGAUGUAUCUUUACUGCCAACAGUGGAGGAAUGUGUUUCACCAUUACCGACAAUACCACAAACUGUCUUGCUUCCAGAGGUACAGGGUAUUACACCACUAGUAUCAGGACCAGCAAAUAUCUCAUUGCUAUCAGCAGGGCUACAGGAUGUUCCAAUUAUACCAUUAGAGCCACAAGGUAUCUCUCAACUAGCAUCUGAUUUAGCAGAUAAUUCAUUAUUGCCAGCAGGGCUACAGGGUGCCUCUCCAGUACCAGCAGGGCUACAGGGCAUCUUGCCACCUGUAGAAUCACAAGAAGUCUCAGUAUGUGAAGUAAGAACAAAAGAUCCCUUCCUAGAUUAUGAAAGAUCAAAAGGUGUCUUGCUGCAUCCACCAGGUAUGUCAGUACAAAGAAGAAAGUGUGCGGGAGGUUUGAAGCAAGCUAAAAAAGCUGUAAGUACAGUGAAGUUUACAAAGAUGCCAGGAGAAAGGAAGUGUAAGAAAUCAAUUACUAAAGCAAGAACAGAAUGUGACGUUAAUCGAUUUCACAAACCUUACAAGUGUGUCCACAAAGAUUGCUCUGCAGCUUUCACCAUUCAGCAAAAUUUAAUACUACACUAUCAAGCUGUGCACCAAUCUGACCAACAGCAUCUUCACAUGCAGAUCAAACAAGAAAUCACCAAAAAUGCUGCUGUCCAUGUGAAAGAAUUUCAGUGUCAGCUUGAGGAUUGUUGUAGAAUUUUCCAAGGAAUCACGGAUCUAAUUAAACACUAUACGGAACUUCACAAUCUCACUUUAGAUGAAAUGGGAAAAAUAGUAUCCUCUGUCAGUGAAGGAAAGUUAUUUCGGUGUGACCAAGCUGAUUGUGUUUCUUCUUUCACUGUUUUCUGGAGUUUUAUUAAACACCUUAUGGUAGCUCAUGGCGUAGAUGUGGAAAGUCAGCAAAGUGAAAUGGACAUGACCUGUUUUAAAUGUGACUGUGAAGGUUGUGAUCGGACUUAUGCCACUAGAUCUAAUCUUUUAAGACACAUCUUUACAAAGCACAGAGAGCUUCAUCGGUCUCAUUUAAUGAGACCAAGAAGAAUCAUAACAGACCAAGAAAACAUUCCAAGAACAGCCAAUCAGGAUGAUCUCUCUGAUGAAAAGAGUUACUUUGGCCCUGAAGAAAAUGAAGACAUCACGAAUCAUGGUAACUCUAAACCCAUUUCAAGGGAAUGUUUUACUACAGAUAGCAAAAGUAUGAAAAGCGGAGAAGUUGAUUGUAAUAAGUCUUGCAGCUCUAGAAAAGUUCCUAAAUAUACUUUUAAGAGUAAGGCCCAAGCUUUGGCUAUAUGCAACAACAAGUCUCUAAGAGAACAAUAUCCAUGUAUGUUUCAGAAUUGUUCAUCUGUUGUCACCAGUGAACGCAGUCUAGUAAAGCAUUACAGGAUUCAUCACAAAAUUUCUAAGACGUUUGUUAGUCAAUACCACAAACAUCUGGUAACUUGCAGGAAGUAUGCUAGCAUCCAGGGCAAAGAAUCAACUAAAUAUGUGACUAACCAUGAAGGAGGACUGGUGGAAAAUGCUGUCAAUGGAGUGAUGAUUCAACAGCAAGCUAAGCUAAGUGAAACUGAAAUUUUAAAUAAGAAACUGGAGAAUGAUAACUCUUUUAAGACAGCUGAUGAAUUUUCACAAUUGUUUAAUACUAAACUGAUUACGAAUACCACUGCUUGCAUUAAAACUGAACUGGAGGAAACUGUAGAGAUGAUUGCUGAGAGUAAAGUGACUGAUGUAAAUAACCAUCAGUCUUGUAAAAAACGACCAAGCAGUCACCUGAUUCUUUCAGACACAGAAGAGCACAUUGACAGUAAAAAGAAAAAGAAUGUAAUAAUGGAAAAUUCUGAGAAUCUGUUGGAAGAUACAAUCCAAAUUCUCAAUGAGAAAGAUGCGUCACCUUCAGAGCACAUCCCAUGUAGUCACAAGGCUCACCACCACAAACCUUUUGACUUUAGUACAUUCAAACCCAUGGGAUUUGAAUUUUCAUUCUUAAAAUUCCUUGAAGAAUCUGCUCUCAAACAAAAGAAAAAUGUUGUAUCCAGUAAAGGUUUGUCUAACAGUUGUACUAUUAACACUGAAAAAAUAGAUCGUGGUUUAGUCUCGAGUGUAAUUUUAAACGAUGAGAGUAAUUCAUCAGCAAGCUAUCCUGUGAAAGAUGACAGAAAUUCAAGGGUUCCUGUUGACCACAUCAGACAGUCAAAUGCAGAUAGAUUAUGUUUGGGAACUACCAAUUUUGAAACUCCGUUGUCUCUCCACAUACUUAAGAACAUAAAAAUAAUAAUGGACAAUUCACACUCAGAUUGUGUUGAGCUUGCUGAGAAGCAACUCCAACGUAUGCAACCCACAGUAGUGCUUAGCCGAGUAAAAGUAGAUUUUAAUAUGCUGGCCCAGGCUAAAAGUGUAAAAGAAAGAAUUGCUGUAAAAAGUACAUAAUUCUGUAACAUCCACCAUGUAUUGAAGUAAGGGUAAUUUAGAAGCUGUAAUUUGCUUUCAUUUGGUCCUUGCUAGUAAUCAAACCAAAAGGAUGCCUUGUAAAUUUUUUUUAAAAAAGCAUGUUUAUAAGUGUCCAGCUUUUUUUUUAGUUUUUUAAAUGAACACAAACUAACAUGGCAAUAGCCAUGUCCAGUAUACUCUACAAAAUCCCUAUGGGACAAAAUUGUAGCACAGAAAAAUUGCUCUUUUCAUGUAAAACAACUGUGAUAAUCUGAUGUCAGACAGUUGUAUAUGGAGCAGGUAGUGUGAUCUGAUUGACUGUUAUGAAGAUCUGUACAUUCUGUUAGUGACUUUGUAGAUCAGAAUUGCUGGAGCACGCUGGCGAAAUAUGUUGUAUGAGAUAGCUUGAACUGUACUUUUAUCAUUAUCUAUAUACUUGAGAUUGUAUCCCAUUUACCACAAAUCCUUUCUGGUCCCAGUCCAUAAACACAAAUUCUUUACAACAUUGGACAUAGGUAAAAUGAAAAAUACAUCCAAAGAUCCAAAUAGUUUUUAUUUAUUUCAAUAAAUUAUGCAAACAUUUGCCACCAUUUUUGGCACAACUCCAUGAACAAUAUUUGAAGUCAUAUUUGUUUUUGGAGCAGGGAGUAAUAAAUAUAUAAUGUUUGCAAAUAAUUCUUCGUGUGUAUCUGUGGGAUACUCUCUCUCAUACAACUCUCAGUGAGGAUUUUGAGAACAAACUCUAGCAAAACAAGCGAUGUAUUAUGACCAGGUUUUGGCCUUUAAGAAGCAUCUGUUGAAGAAGGCAUUGCUUUUAAAUAAAUUCCAAUUAAGAGA